AUCAGUUUCUCAAGAGUGAGGAAGGGUUUUUACGUCUUCCAGAGCUUGACAGUAGCGGUAUUGUAAGAUACAUGGACUUUGCAGAAGACAGUUUCUUUGGUUAUCUUGCUCUUCAGCUCUGUGAAUACACUCUGGAUGAGUACAUUAAUACACACCUGUCCAAGGACGACACUCCUGCCCUGAUGAAAAUCACUCAAGAGGUGCUCCGCAGUUUAAGUGUCUUUCAUGGUCCAACUACCAAAGUCCUUCAUCGGGAUAUCAAACCUCAGAAUGUUUUGAUAGAUAUCAAUGGAAAUGCAAAAUUGGCAGAUUUUGGCAUAAGUCGCAGAUUGACAGUGGAACAAACAACUCGAUACACAGUCCCUGCGGGAACAAAAUGCUGGAUGGCCAAGGAGACGUUAGACAAACAAGGCUCUGGAUAUAAGAGGAGCUCUGAUAUACAGGUGGCUGGGAUGUUGGUAUACUACGUCCUUUCUGGUGGACACCACCCCUUUGAAGGUCCACUUGGUGAGGAACUUGAACAGAAUCGAAACAUAAUCAAGGGGACUUACACACUAGAACAUGUGGCAGACGAGGUGGCAAAAGACCUCAUUGAGUGGAUGAUCAAUGAAGACCCUGAUGAGAGACAAAUGCAUAAGAAGUCUUGUUCGACGUCGUUGGUUUACUAA